AUGCCGCGAGAAGCGGGAAGUGAGCAGCGAUUGCGAAGAAAGCGGCGAGAGGCGGGCAGGGAGCAGCGAGUGCGAAGAGGCGAGAGGUGGGCAGGGAACAGCGAGUGCGAAGAAAGCGGCGAGAGGCGGGCAGAGAACAGCGAGUGCGAAGAAAGCGGCGAGCCUCGGGCAGGGAACAGCGAGUGCGAAGAGGCGAGAGGUGGGCAGGGAACAGCGAGUGCGAAGAGGCGAGAGGUGGGCAGGGAACAGCGAGUGCGAAGAAAGCAGCGAGCCUCGGGCAGGGAUCAGCGAGUGCGAAGCGGCGAUAGGCGGGCAGGGAACAGCGAGUGCGAAGAAAGCGGCGAGAGGCGGGCAGAGAACAGCGAGUGCGAAGAAAGCGGCGAGCCUCGGGCAGGGAGCAGCGAGUGCGAAGAAAGCGGCGAGAGGCGGGCAGGGAACAGCGAGUGCGAAGAAAGCGGCGAGCCUCGGGCAGGGAGCAGCGAGUGCGAAGAAAGUGACGAGAGGCGGGCAGGGAGCAGCGAGUGCGUAGAAAGCGGCGAGAGGCGGGCAGGGAGCAGCGAGUGCGAAGAAAGCGGCGAGAGGCGGGCAGGGAGCAGCGAGUGCGAAGAAAGCGGCGAGAGGCGGGCAGGGAGCAGGGAGUGCGAAGAAAGCGACGAGAGGCGGGCAGGGAGCAGCGAGUGCGAAGAAAGCGGCGAGCCUCGGGCAGGGAGCAGCGAGUGCGAAGAAAGUGACGAGAGGCGGGCAGGGAGCAGCGAGUGCGAAGAAAGCGAGGAGGGGCGGGCAGGGAGCAGGGAGUGCGAAGAAAGUGACGACAGGCGGGCAGGGAGCAGCGGGCACAGCGAGGAAAGCGGCGAGAAGCGGACAGGGAGCAGCGAGUGCGAAGAAAGCGGCGAGAGGCGGGCAUGGAGCAGCGAGUGCGAGGAAGCGGCGAGAGGCGGGCAGGGAGCAGCGAGUGCGAAGAAAGCGGCGAGAGGCGGGCAUGGAGCAGCGAGUGCGAGAAAGCGGCGAGAGGCGGGCAUGGAGCAGCGAGUGCGAAGAAAGUGGCGAGAGGCGGGCAUGGAGCAGCGAGUGCGAAGAAAGCGGCGAGAGGCGGGCAUGGAGCAGCGAGUACGAAGAAAGCGGCGAGAGGCGGGCAUGGAGCAGCGAGUGCGAGAAAGCGGCGAGAGGCGGGCAUGGAGCAGCGAGUGCGAAGAAAGCGGCGAGAGGCGGGCAGGGAGCAGCGAGUGCGAAGAAAGCGACGAGAGGCGGGCAGGGAGCAGCGGGCACAGCGAGGAAAGCGGCGAGAGGCGGGCAUGGAGCAGCGAGUGCGAGAAAGCGGCGAGAGGCGGGCAUGGAGCAGCGAGUGCGAAGAAAGCGGCGAGAGGCGGGCAGGGAGCAGCGAGUGCGAAGAAAGCGGCGAGAGGCGGGCAGGGAGCAGCGAGCACAGUUAGAAAAGGGGAAGAGAUGACAGCAGUGAGAAGUCAGCAGUGA